GGGUGAGGAUCCUGGGGAGCGUUUUGGGGAAACUGCUGCGAGCCCAGCAUUCAGUUCUGGUGAGCACACGGCCGUGGGAUCCUGCAGGAGGCAGCUGCUGAUCGUGCUGUGCCCUGCUGUGCUGGGGCCAAGGAGGAAUUCUCUUUGGAGAGAGGGCAGCGGAGGGCACAGGGUGUGUGCCUUGUGGGGACUGCAGUGUAUGCGUGAAACACAGCUGGCUCUUCUGAUCCGUGCUGCAUGAGCCAGGCAUGGGAAACAGCCUCUUUGCAAACUGCUGCAGGCAAGUCACCGAUCUCCUCUUCCAGCCACGCAGCUCUGGCUCACCCGACGAGAGGUCGCCCCUCUUGCCAAAGUCUCCAAAGUCUCCCCCAAGCUGCGCUGCCCUCCCGGAGAUGCCCGAAGCUGCCUGCUGUGCUGGGCAGUACCCAGACAUCAUCCCCAGUGAGGCAGUGACUGGAAGCCUGCAGAAGGGCGCUGAAUACAUCCAAGACCUAUCCGAGACCAAGGACGAAGAAGGAAUGGUGACAGUUUUUGAUAAGAGCGGUUUGAGAGCUGGCGCGGCCGGCCUGCUGCAGCGGACAGAGGCAUCCCGAGCAGUGCCUGUCCUUCCAGCCGACCUUGGGGACAGCUUGGUGGGGCUGGGUGAUCAUGCUCAGUCACUUGAGGCCUGCCAGAGCCCCGUGAAACCUGAGGACAGCGGCUUAGCGCACAGAUCCUGCCGCCGGGAGGAGCACGUGGCAGCAGCUGACGGCACUGCGGGCCCUGGAGCACGUUCUGCUGGCCAGGGCCACGGCCAGGGGCGAGUGGCCAUGUGCCUGGACACAGCCUUGGUGCCUCUGGACAGUGUGCUGAAGUGCAGAGCUCCUGCUCCCUCCCCAGGGAGCCCUGGGACACCAUCCUUUGCUCUGCCAUCAAGUGCAGGGCUGGCCCUGCCAGCUCCAAGUGCAGUUGUGCUGCCUGUUCCCCCUGGUGAGGUGUCACCUAAGGCUCAGGACACGAGUACUGGUUUUGUGACAGAGCCUACUGCCUGCCCCAGCAGAAGGUCAAGCUGUGAUCCUGAUUCCCAGGCACAGGUUCUGCCCUCAAAGCAGCAGCAGCAGAAGAAGAAGAGGAAGAAAAAGAAGCUGCCUUUCCCAGAGCACCCGUCUGGCGUGGCACUGAUGAAUGGCAGCGGCCCCCAUGACAGCCUCAAGGGCGAGAAGGAUGCCAAGCAGAACGGCCACGAGGAGGCUGAGCCGGGAGAGGAUGGCAACGACCAGGAGGUCAUCGUCAUCCAGGACACGGGAUUUACUGUCAAGAUCUGUGCACCAGGGAUAGAGCCCUUUUCCCUGCAGGUUUCUCCUCAAGAGAUGGUGCAAGAAAUCCAUCAGGUUCUGAUGGACCGGGAGGACACCUGCCAUCGGACCUGCUUCUCCCUGCAGCUGGACGGCAACGUCCUGGAUAACUUCGCUGAGCUGAAGACAAUCGAAGGGCUGCAGGAGGGCUCACUGCUGAAAGUGGUGGAAGAGCCGUACACGGUGCGAGAAGCCAGGAUACACGUGCGCCACAUUCGGGACCUUCUGAAGAGCCUUGACCCAUCAGAUGCUUUCAAUGGUGUGGACUGUAACUCACUGUCCUUCUUGAGUGUCUUCACUGAAGGAGACCUGGGAGACAGUGGAAAACGGAAGAAGAAAGGUACCGAAAUGGAACAAAUUGACUGCACCCCUCCUGAACAUAUCCUGCCAGGUAGCAAAGAGAGGCCCCUGUGUGCCCUUCAGCCCCAGAACAGAGACUGGAAGCCUUUGCAGUGCCUAAAGGUGUUGACAAUGAGUGGCUGGAACCCUCCCCCGGGUAACAGGAAGAUGCACGGGGACCUGAUGUACUUGUACGUCAUCACGGUGGAGGAUCGGCACGUCAGCAUCACUGCCUCCACCCGGGGAUUCUACUUGAACCAGUCUACUGCAUACAACUUCAAUCCCAAACCUGCAAACCCCAGUUUUCUCAGUCAUUCCUUGGUGGAACUACUUAACCAGAUCAGCCCUACCUUCAAAAAAAACUUCUCUGCUCUGCAGAAGAAACGGGUUCAGAGACACCCCUUUGAGAGGAUAGCCACUCCUUUCCAAGUGUACAGCUGGACAGCUCCUCAGGCAGAGCACGCCAUGGACUGUGUCCGGGCAGAGGACGCCUACACCUCUAGGCUGGGCUAUGAGGAGCACAUACCUGGACAGACCAGAGAUUGGAACGAGGAGCUGCAGACCACACGGGAGCUGCCACGCAAGAACCUGCCUGAGAGGCUGCUGAGAGAACGAGCCAUUUUCAAGGUUCACAGUGACUUCACUGCAGCAGCAACACGAGGUGCUAUGGCUGUCAUCGAUGGCAACGUCAUGGCCAUCAACCCCAGCGAGGAGACCAAGAUGCAGAUGUUCAUCUGGAACAACAUUUUCUUCAGCCUGGGCUUCGACGUCCGUGACCACUACAAGGACUUUGGUGGAGACGUUGCCGCUUACGUAGCUCCGACCAACGACCUCAACGGUGUGCGGACCUACAACGCCGUGGACGUGGAAGGGCUGUACACGCUGGGGACUGUUGUGGUGGAUUACAGAGGUUACAGGGUGACAGCUCAGUCUAUUAUUCCUGGCAUCCUGGAGCGGGAGCAGGAACAGAGUGUCAUCUAUGGGUCAAUAGACUUUGGCAAGACAGUUGUGUCACACCCCAAGUACCUGGAGCUGCUGGAGAAGACCAGCAGGCCGCUGAAGAUCCAGAAGCACAAAGUUCUCAACGACAAGAACGAGGAGGUGGAGCUGUGCUCCUCAGUAGAGUGCAAAGGCAUUAUUGGCAAUGACGGGCGUCACUACAUCCUGGACCUGCUACGCACUUUCCCUCCAGAUCUAAACUUCCUACCUGUUGAAGGGGAGGAGAUGCCAGAGGAAUGUAAGAAAAUGGGGUUCCCCAAGCAGCACAGACACAAGCUUUGCUGUCUCCGGCAAGAGCUUGUUGAUGCCUUUGUAGAACACAGGUAUCUGUUAUUCAUGAAGCUGGCUGCGCUGCAGCUGAUGCAGCAGAAAGCCAACAAGCAGGAGAGCUCAGCUGCACUGGAAAAUGGCGCCUCUGCAGAGAACGGCGCCGCAGACGGCGAGAGGCCUGAGUCAGAGGAUGGGAAACUCGAGGAUGGCGUGACUGGGCUUGAUCAGGUGAAGGAGCUCGCUGAGACCAUGGCAUCUGACGAUGGAGCAGUGGAUCCCAAAAGCAGAGAAGUGAUUCGGAAUGCUUGCAAGGCCGUAGGCUCCAUUAGUGACACCUCGUUUGAUAUUCGGUUUAACCCAGAUAUUUUCUCACCAGGUGUUCACUUCCCUGAGUCGAGCAAAGAGGAGGUGCAGGAUCAGAAGCAGCUGCUGAAGGAUGCUGCUGCAUUCCUGUUGUCAUGCCAGAUCCCAGGCUUGGUGAAGGACUGCCUGGACCACACGGUGCUCCCGAUGGAUGGGGCCACCUUGGCUGAGGCCAUGCACCAGAGGGGCAUCAACAUGCGCUACCUGGGCAAGGUGAUCAACUUCAUCAGCAAGACCCCCGGCCGUGCACAGCUGGAUCACAUCUUUAAAAUCGGAAUCAGCGAAUUGAUCACUCGAUCAGCCAAACACAUCUUCAAGACAUACCUCCAGGGUGUGGAGCUGUCAGGUUUAUCCGCCGCCAUCAGCCACUUCCUCAAUUGUUUUCUGAGCUCCUUCCCAAAUCCCAUUGCCCAUCUUCCAGCUGAUGAGCUGGUCUCCAAGAAGAAAAAUAAGAAAAGGAAAAACAGGAACCUUGGAAAUGCUGAUAACACAGCGUGGGCCAGCAUGACCCCUCAGGAGCUAUGGAAGAAUAUUUGUUCAGAAGCAAAGAACUAUUUUGAUUUCAGUCUUGAAUGUGAGAAUGCUGACCAAGCAGCUGAAAUGUAUAAUCUGCAGAAAAUCACCCUGCUCCGUGAAAUCUCCCUCAAAACUGGAGUCCAGAUCCUGCUGAAGGAGUACAACUUUGACAACAGGCACAAGCCCACUUUCACAGAAGAGGAUAUUCUGAACAUCUUCCCUGUAGUGAAGCAUGUGAACCCCAAAGCCUCCGAUGCUUUCCACUUCUUCCAGAGCGGGCAAGCAAAAGUUCAGCAAGGUUUCUUGAAGGAGGGCUGUGAGCUCAUCAAUGAAGCCUUAAACCUGUUCAACAAUGUGUAUGGUGCUAUGCAUGUAGAAAUCUGUGCCUGCCUGAGGCUGCUAGCUCGGCUCAACUACAUCAUGGGAGAUUACUCAGAGGCCUUAAGCAAUCAGCAGAAAGCGGUGCUAAUGAGCGAGAGGGUCCUGGGCAUCGAACACCCCAACACCAUCCAGGAAUAUAUGCACCUGGCUCUGUACUGCUUUGCAAACAGCCAACUCUCGACAGCGCUGAACCUGCUGUACCGUGCACGCUACCUCAUGCUGUUGGUAUUUGGGGAGGAUCACCCAGAAAUGGCACUCUUAGAUAACAACAUUGGCCUGGUGCUCCAUGGGGUCAUGGAGUAUGACCUGUCCCUGCGGUUCCUGGAGAACGCCCUGGCCAUCAGCUCCAAGUACCACGGCUCCAAGUCUUUGAAGGUUGCACUGAGCCACCACUUGGUUGCCCGAGUGUACGAGAGCAAAGCCGAGUUCCGGUCGGCUCUGCAGCACGAGAAGGAAGGCUACACCAUCUACAAGAACCAGCUCGGUGAACACCAUGAAAAGACCAAAGAGAGCUCCGAGUACUUGAAGUACCUGACGCAGCAGGCGGUGGCUCUGCAGCGCACAAUGAACGAGAUCUACAAGAACGGCUCCAACGCCAACAUCAUGCCACUGAAGUUCACAGCUCCCAGUAUGGCCAGUGUCCUGGAGCAGCUGAACAUUAUCAAUGGAAUUCUCUUCAUUCCACUAAGCCAAAAAGACUUGGAGAACCUUAAAGCCGAGGUGCAGCGACGCCAGCAGCUCCAGGAAAGCAUGAAAAGUGGGGAACAGCUGGAAGCAGAGGACAAGGCUGUGGAGGAGAAAGAGGCUGAGCCAAGCAUGCCUUCCGCUGCCAUCCCCUUAACACAGAGCUCUGCUUAAUGUGUACCUCGCUUUAAAAAAAAAAAAAAAAAAAAAAAAA